GAUGCUCCUGCGCGCGCACACACACACUACCCAGCGCCAACAGCCAAAGAAACUAAUGUUGCCCUCCUAACCAGCGACUGAGUUUUUAAAACUAUGCCUUGAUGCAACUUACCGAACCCGCUGGAAAUCGGAAAGUUUGAGAAGUGAAAAGGGAAAGUUGGGAAGUAAUCGCUGAAGUUUUCCUGUAUUCGCGUGCAGGAGCGCAUCGAGCCAUAAUGGCGAGCCGCUCGCGGACAGGAUCGCGGGGUUUACCUCGAUUCUCGCUCGCGGCGUGGGACAGACACUACCGAUCGUGCUGGAGUAACUUGAAGAUUUCACAGUGGAUCAUGUUUGUUUUGUUUGUCUUUCUUUGUGGUGGAUUUUGUGGAGCAGACAGUGAGUUUUCCAUCUUGGAGGAGGCUCAAGUUUUGGCAGUGCAGAUGGAAAAGCUGUCUACACAGGAGCUGGGUGUUCUCACCAUGCAGAGAAUCUUCAAUUCCUUUGUGUACACAGAGAAGACUUCAAAUGGUGAAACGGAGGUACAGCAGCUGGCGAAGAAGAUCCGGGAGAAGUUUAACCGAUACCUGGAUGUGGUUAACAGGAACAAGCAGGUGGUCGAAGCCUCUUACACAGCCCACCUCACCUCCCCUCUUACAGCCAUCCAGGACUGUUGCAGUAUUCCUCCCUCCAUGAUGGAAUUCGAUGGCCAUUUUAAUACCAAUGUCUCAAAGACCAUCAGCUGUGAUCGCCUGUCCCCUACCGUCACUAGCCGAGCUUUCAACCCUGGACGAGACCUCAACUCUGUGUUGGCAGACAACCUCAAGUCCAAUCCAGGGAUCAAGUGGCAGUACUUCAGCUCAGAGGAGGGCAUUUUCACUGUGUUUCCUGCUCACAAGUUUCACUGCAAAGCCACAUAUGAGCACAGAAGCAGGCCUGUGUAUGUUUCAGCAGUGAGGCCGCAGUCAAAACACAUAGUGGUUAUCAUAGACCACGGUGCUUCUGUUACUGAGACUCAGCUCCAGAUCGCCCGGGACGCCGCCCUCAUCAUCCUUAACUCCAUCGACGAACAUGAUAAAAUCUCUGUGUUGACUGUAGCAGAUACCGUACGCUCUUGCUCUCUGGAUCAGUGCUACAAGAGCUUCCUCUCGCCUGCUACCAGUGAGACGAAGAGGAAGAUGAGCACCUUUAUUAACAAUGUCAAAGCCUCUGACAGCUCUACCCAGCAUGCACUGGGCUUCCAGAAAGCCUUUCAGUUGUUGAGGAACACAAGUAGUGUCACCAGACAACUGACUAACACAGACAUGGUGAUAAUCUAUCUGUCGUCGGGCAUCACCUCACGAGACUCGUCCGAGCACGAAAAGAGAUCGACGCUGAGCAUUGUCAAAGAGGAGAACCGCCACCUCAACAACUCCGUCAUGAUCCUCACCUACGCUCUUAUGAACGAAGGAGUAACUGGACUUAAAGAGUUGGCUUUCUUGCGAGACCUGGCCGAGCAAAACUCUGUGAAAUACGGCGUUCCGGAUCGCUCCGCGCUCCCUGUCGUGAAGGGCAGCAUGAUGGUGCUGAACCAGCUCAGUAACCUGGAGACCACAGUGGGACGCUUUUACAUCAACCUGCCCAACCGAAUGAUAGACGUGGCCUCCUUCAGCCUACCUUACUCAGACCAGAUGGGAGACGGCUUCAUCAUGACGGCCAGUCGACCAUGCUACUUCGGAAACUUGUUGCUGGGUGUAGUUGGAGUUGAUGUGAAUCUGGCAUACAUACUGGAGGAUGUCACCUACUACCAGGACUCCCUGGCUUCAUAUACCUUCCUUAUAGACAAUAAAGGCUACACCCUCAUGCACCCAUCACUCACCCGUCCAUACCUGAUGACUGAGGCUCCUCUCCAUACAGACAUCAUCCACUACGAAAACAUCCCUGGGUUUGCUGUUGUGCGUCAAAACAUCCUUAGUUUGCCCCUGGGGAGUCAGGUCAUUGCGGUGCCUGUCAACUCCUCUCUGUCCUGGCACAUGAAUCGCCUGCGUGACCCCCGUCAAGAUGCCUACAACGUCAGCUAUGCCUGGAAACUGGUUCAGGACACGUCCUUUAUCUUGUGUAUAGUGUAUGUUCAGCCAGAGAUCCCAGUGAAACAACUGAAAAAUCUGAACACCGCCCCCAGCAGCAAACUCCUGUACCACCGUCUGGAUCUGCUGGGACAGCCAAGCUCCUGUCUGCACUUUAAACAGCUCGCUACAGUCGAGAGUCCCACAGUGAUGUUGUCUGCUGGAAGUUUCUCUUCACCAUAUGAACACUUGAGUCAGCCCGAAACCAAACGCAUGGUGGAGCACUACACCGCUUACCUGAGUGACAACACCCGCCUUAUAGCCAACCCAGGCCUGAAGUCAUCGGUUAGGAACGAGGUGAUGGCCACCAGUCACGUGACAGAUGAAUGGAUGAGUCUUAUGGAGAUGAGCAGCCUGAACUGCUACAUUGUUCGGCGUUACAUAGCAACGCCCAAUGGGGUGCUGCGGAUUUACCCCGGUUCACUCAUGGACAAAGCCUUCGACCCCACCAGGAGGCGAUGGUAUCUCCAUGCUGUCGCCAAUCCUGGUCUCAUCACUUUUACCGGACCAUACCUGGAUGUGGGUGGGGCCGGAUAUGUGGUUACCAUUAGUCACACCAUUCAUGCCUCUAGUUCCCAAAUUGCCUCCGGUUACACAGUAGCAGUUAUGGGUAUUGACUUCACUCUUCGCUACUUCUACAAAGUUCUGUUGGACCUUCUGCCCAUCUGUAACCAAGACAAGGGGAACAAAAUCCGUUGUUUUAUUAUGGAGGACAGAGGAUAUCUUGUGGCCCAUCCGACACUGAUCGAUCCUAAGGGCCAUGCACCAGCGGAACAGCAACAUAUUACCCAUAAGGAGCCCCUAGUGGCCAAUGACAUACUCAACCACCCCAACUUUGUGAAGAAGAACCUGUGUAACAGUUUCAGUGAUCGAACCGUCCAGCGCUUCUACAAGUUCAACACCAGCAUUGUGGGUGAUCUGACAAACCUAGUCCAUGGCAGUCACUGCUCAAAGUACAAACUCACACGUAUCCCAGGAACCAAUGCGUUUGCUGGCAUUGUGAAUGAGACCUGUGAUUCGCUGGCCUUCUGUGCCUGCAGUACUGUGGAUCGCCUCUGUCUUAACUGCCACAGAAUGGAGCAGAAUGAAUGUGAAUGCCCCUGUGAGUGCCCCCUAGAGGUGAAUGAGUGUACUGGAAACCUCACAAAUGCUGAGAAUAGAAACCCAAGCUGUGACGUGCACCAGGAGCCUUUGACUUUUAGUGUAAUCGAGCCCAGUCUACAGGACACACUGCCUCAGUGUAUCAACACCAGAUGUAGCCAGCGCUUCACCAGCAGUGACUGUUUUGGGGUUCUGGACUGCGAAUGGUGUAUGGUCGACAGCGAUGGAAAGACUAAUCUGGAUAAGCCCUACUGUGCCCUGCAGAAAGAGUGUUUUGGAGGGAUAGUGGGUGCCAAAAGUCCAUAUGUGGAUGGAUUGGGCAUUUUAGAUGAGGAGGUGGCUUCUCUGAACAUGAUAAAAAGUGCACCAGUUGGACCAGUGGCAGGAGGCAUAAUGGGAUGCAUCAUGGUGCUGGUGUUGGCUGUGUAUGCCUAUAGGCACCAGAUCCACCGUCGCAGCCAUCAGCACAUGUCCCCUUUGGCUGCACAAGAGAUGUCUGUGCGGAUGUCAAACUUGGAAAAUGAGCGAGAUGACAGAGAUGAAGACAGUCAUGAAGACAGAGGAAUAAUUAGCAACACUCGAUUCAUCGCUGCUGUUAUAGAGAGGCACACACACAGUCCCGAGCGCAGGCGGAGAUACUGGGGCCGGUCAGGGACAGAAAGUGACCAUGGUUACAGUACCAUGAGCCCUCAGGAGGACAGUGAGAAUCCACCGUGCAACAACGAUCCUCUGUCUGCGGGCGUUGACGUGGGCAAUCACGAUGAGGACCUUGACCUGGAUACACCUCCACAAACAGCUGCUCUUCUAAGCCACAAGUUCCACCCGUAUCGGCACCCCCACACACACCACCCCCUUCACUUGCAUACGCACCAUCUCCAGGCGGCCGUUACCGUGCACAGCGUGGAUGCCGAGUGCUGAUCCUGCCCACCUGUGACUCCCGAACCACCAACCCUGCCUUUGAUGCCACUGAUCUUCAGCCCUCGCUCUUCAUCCAUCAACCCUAGCAAGUCAGGCCCUGCAUCCUCCAAUGAGAGGACAGAACCAGAACUCCCUCUCUCCCAGGGGACCCACUGAUAGCUAGUGGACAGUGGUCAUAUCUGCAUAAACUAUGGAAGCAAACAGUUGGCCACCCUUUAGAAGUAAUUAGGGAGUGGAUUUGGCAGGUGCAUACGAGUUUUUUUCCAAUGAAGAUUAAAGGAUUAUUUUUCUACUAUUUAUUUAACUGGAUUUAAGAUGGGGAUAAAUGAAUGGGAAAACAUUGACUGACUUGACUGACUGACUGAACUGUCAGCUUUCUGUUUGGCCCUUGGAAUCCACUUUUAGGAUGCGGCCCUAGUUUCUCCAUGAUUAGACUGCAUGUGGAAGCCUUGAAGGAUUCAAUUCAUGGCACGUUUGAGUUAGACACAUGCCACGAGAUUUUCCUGUGGGAAGAGCAGACAAAGAAUUUCAAGGAACAAUAGACACGAAUGCCUGUGCAGCACAUCAAGGAGAGAAAGAGAGUCCUGCCAUCUGCGAAUGGAGUCUUGGAAAUGUCCUGUAUUUGGUAGUUUCACGGGUGUACAUCAUUUGUGACUGUGUGAGAAGAUUUAUCUUCAGACACUGUGCAAUGUGACCAAGGUUUCUGUGCCACAUGGGUUUAGUCUCUAAACCCACUGCCAGAUAUUUGAAAUAUUUUAAAGAUGACUUGGGAGAGACUGCUUAGACUUACCACUGUGUGUAUAAGCUCUCGUUGUAUUUCUGUCUGCUGCCCAGUUAUUUUACAUUUGUUGUGAGAGUGAUGGACAAACAGAAUGCGUGUGUUGUUGCUUGUGUACGUUAUUGUGUGUGGAUGUGUGAUGGCACGGAUGAUUGAGCUCCAUUAAUGUUGUAUUUUUUUUUUUAAUCAUUAGUCAGUAUUGAUGGAACGCGGUGAUAUUUUUCAUAUCCUUUUAAACCCAUGUGCACUUUCAUUCAACUGCCUGUCUACUGAAAUGUAGACGAUGUGCUCCUAUGAUUUUAGAGGGAUUGUGACUAUUGUUUUCUGAAUGAAAUGAUAUACCAUGUAUAUACAUCUAAAGUUUAACAAAGUAGAUAUAAAUGUGUCAUACACUACAAACCUUU